GGAAAUCAUUUACACUCCAAACUCACUUAUAAGCAAGUUCUAAAUUCGGUGCAGCCCUGGGGUAUUCUUACUGUGACAGCUCUGUGACCCACCAUUUUGGACCCUCAGAUUGUUUCUAACAAAACAAGCCAAGUUCAGCAUAGAAGACUUUCUUACUAAGCUUCUAGCUAGGUCAAGCGGGUUAUUAGUACUUGGAUACACCCAGUGCACCUGGGCAUUUUCGUCCAACUUGCUCAGGACUCGUAAAUUGGUUUGGAUCAAAUAGAGAUGGUGAUCACUGUUUUGGCAGAUUUAGGUACAAUUUUCUUGCAGUCACAAGGAAAUACAGGCUGAAUGGUUUCUUAACAUUCUCUAAAAGCUCAGGGCUCACCUUCAGGAGUUUGGAGUGGAUGUCUUAUGAUGUAUUAAUAAUACAGAGUGGGAAUUUCUAGCUGAAUUUCUCCUAUCUCAUCGUAUUGAAGUGUGAACCAGAGGUACAGUCGAAGGGUAUCCAGUAGCACUGCGACAGGUGGCAGACAGAUACCAGUACGGCUGUACUGAGUACUCUAACGGUAGAUAGAGGUAGGUGAACAGGUGAACCGUUUCGCUGGCUCUUUACUCUGGUGGUUAGGAGGAAGUUCAACUCGCGUUCCGACUUUGGGUGUUAGCGGAGUUGCGUGUCCUGCCAGCGCUGAUAACAAUAAAAAACAUAAACUGAAAGUGCUACUUGUAGAAGUCAAGAGUCAGGCUGUCACUCAUUGCUUGAUUGAUUGAUGAAACCCUCCCCUGUCCUCCUCCCUUCGUACUGGACCAGCAGCAAACAGUUUUCUACAGUAGUAUCUACACACUGCCGUCUGUCACAAUGGAAUCUCCGCAUGGCGGCGACGAACCCCAUAGCUCAGACACAGCCAGCCAUGGUACUACUACUGGCAGUGAACAGUUGAUUGCAGAGGCGUCCAACAUGGCGGUCGAAUCCAACGGUUCUGCUACCGUUUCUUCUAUUGACGGUACCAGUAUGGUUUCGAAUGAUGACACGAGCAAAGAACGGUACAGCGAAAAACCAAUGGAUAAGGACGAGUUUGAUGAUAUCUUUGCCUCCAAAGCUAGAGAAGAACCGGAGAUUGCCAAGGAUGGAAAGGAAAUCUACCGCAGUAGUGGUAUUUCUGAGAAGACUGAAAAAUCUCCACAGCAGCCAGAAUCCAAUACAGAGAGAACGGAUGGUGAUCCGUCACAAUCACCAGCCGCCGUUGGCGCCUUUUUUGAGAGAAUCACGAAUGGCAUUCAGCCAUUGCCACCGCAACCACCUAGAGGCGCAACCACCGGAACACCGGGUGCGUAUCACGAAGGUCCCAGUUUGGACGGAAGAGGUGUUGGCUUCAUUACGGCGUACCAAAAUAUUGGUCCAACCACAGAGGAAACCUUCGUGGAGCCAAACAACAACACUCGAUAUGGCUCUUCCUCAAGUCUGAUACAGGCAAGGGCUGUACCUGAAGAGGAACAGGUGGAUGGUAUGGUUCAUGCGGAGCCUGUGGACACUACAACCUCAGAUCUGGAUCCUAGCCAAAGUGAAUCUACGUGGUCCGGCAAACGUCGAAGCGCACAUUCUAAGUACCACAAAAUGUUGGUGGCAGCCCUGGUAUGCCUUGUUCUGGGAAGUGUACUGACAGUCAUUGGGGUGCUAGUGUCUCGAAAUAAUAAACGAAAAGAGGAUUCAGAGACACUGUUUCUUCGAACCCCUACCAUGGCCCCGACAAUGUUGACCUCCACUGAUUACCUUUGGAACAUACUCCCAGAGGCAACACAACAAUCCAUUGAUUUGCAACUGAUUGUUGCUCAAGAUGAACCACCUGCAGCUUCAACAACCAAGAACAAAACAUAUUAUGAGACUCCCCAAACACAGGCCUUUCAGUGGCUGAUUGAAGAUGCUGCACUCUGGAACUAUUCCUCUACUUCUCGAUUGUAUCAAAGGUUUGCCUUGGCAACACUCUACUAUGCCACUCAAGGAAAGCUGUGGCACGACAAGGCCAACUGGCUGGACUACAAUCAACAUGAAUGCGACUGGUUUGCUGCCAAUGAGUUCCGAAUUGGAGGACCUCCUGUCCUGGCAGAUUCUCCUUGUGGCGAUGGUACAGUGAACAAGACAUCGGAUGGUAUCUUCAAGAGACUGUGGUUGCCAGACAACAAUUUGAAUGGGACCUUUCCCAGCAAUGAAAUCUAUGGAAUGCUGACCAAUCUGGAGAGCAUUAAUUUGUUCAAGAACCCUGCACUUACCGGGAGUGCCAUGUCAAGCCAGAUUGGUCAGCUGUCAAAUCUCUCGAUGAUUUCAUUUUCCAUCUGUGCCGUGUCAGGAACUGUCCCCAGUGAGAUUGGGCUACUCAGUUCUUCGCUUGAAAUCAUGUACUUUUCCAAAAUCAAACAGUGGACCCCAGCUGCCACUUCCAAACCCCACAAUCGGCUUAUUAGUGGUAUGCUCCCCACAGAACUCGGUUUGCUCACGGCCCUAAAGCAUUUGAGCUUCAACAACAAUUUUCUGUCUGGGACAUUGCCAACAGAGCUAGGUGCCCUCCCUAGUCUGGAGUUGUUUCAAAUCCCAGGGAACAACGUGACUGGAAGCUUUCCCUCUGAGUUGGGACAAACUAGGCUUCUGUACUUGUAUGUCUAUGACAAUCGUAUGACAGGAGUUCUGCCAACUGAGCUUGGUCUCCUCCGCAACAUGACCCAUGCCCACCUUUAUCAUAACAGUUUCCAAGGAAGAGUCCCAUCACAGGUUGGGGCCCUCACAUCCAUGAAGGAACUCAUGCUUGCUGGCAACUCUUUGCAUGGUUCAAUGCCUUCUGAACUGGCCAAUCUUAGUGCACUACGCAUGCUCUAUUUGGCACACAACCCAGAAAUGACUGGGUCCUUUCCCACCCAACUUUAUAACCUCAGCAAAUUGGAGGCCUUGGACUUCAAUGAAACGUCCAUCUAUCUCGACAGAGAAGUGGGGAACAUCAGUGCUGUUGGGCGUGUACCCCAACACAUUCACGAUGCCCUCAACUUCAGUUUUUGGGACUACUACUACAAGUGUUUUCGAAGGUUCCCCUGCCCAGCCUAGCUAGCUAGCUAGCUAGCAGUUUUGGAAUGGUAUCAUUCUGCAACUUUGGAUUGCCCAUGCAUGCGCCUAGCCAGGCACAUGUGAUGAGACAUGUUCUAUUAUGCCUUCUACAUCGCUACAAGUUGGACAAAAUACAACAGUAGUAGAUGUUAUUAGGACAUGGUAAUGCACACACGUAGCUAGCUGGCUGGGCUGGUUCAAAGUUGGCUGUUGGAUUGCUGCGACCUCCUUACGGUGAUUCUGGUUCGCGACGCCUUGCAUAGGCAUGCCUUGUGGCAAUGUAGAACCAGUAGCUGGCCAACACGCAAGUAAAGGAGAGGAUAGCAAUAAUGAUAUGAGCCCCAAAGAAGCAUUGCUGUCCAAAACAAGUGCGACUCCCU